AUGACCUCUGUCAUCUUUGACUGUCUCGGCCGAGGACGGCUGAAGAUAGCGACGGCCCUCGCUGUCACCGCAGGAGGGUUAUACUGCCUUUACAGGUGUGGCUUACUUACAAAGUCUUCUCUUCUGGAUCGGCGGAUUCAGAGAGUCGAGGCGGACCAUCACUGGACCGAAGGGUGCAUAACAGUUCUGGAGGGCUCUCCUGUUACCUCUGAGGAUCUCAGUGAUGCUUUGGAGUUGCACCCAACUUUGGAUUUUGGAGUGCUUGCCUUAGUCCCGUUGAGCCAGAUGGGCAGACUGAAGCCAGCGUGGGGGACUACACGCUUUCAGUUCACUGACUCCGAGGAGUCUGAGUUUGAGCGUCUAGAGAUGAAAUAUUGCUUUGUGCACAUGGUGAGAGGUGUAGAGACGAGGCUUUUGUGGGCACUUUCCACUGAGAAGACUAUGCUGGAUCCAAACGGCAGACCAUACUACCGCAUGAUCAAGCAGGCUUGCUUUGGUGCAGGGCUUGUGUGUGGGCAGAUAAUGCAGUAUGUCACCCAUUUGCGCUUAGAGACGACUGUCGAAGUCCACUAUGGAUUCCACUCGCACACACACCUCUCAGUGGCCCAUUUCAUCAUGAGUUUUGGGAUGGACGGCCAGAUCACAACCUCUUCGUGGGCCGAGGAGGAGUCAUUUGACUGUCCUUCUGAGUCUGAUUCGGGCCCAGAGUCUGAGUACUCAGAUUAUUCUGAGGGCAGUGAUGAUGAGGAUCUGACUCCUGUGGAGAGGGAGCUUCCUAACACCAGCCUCCAUCUUCACAGUCUUUAUGUCUUUGACGUCCCAAUGAAGCUCGAGGCUCUACGCUUGGCUUUCUCUACACUGCUCUCCCGUGGCAAUGUGCAGAAUACUCUGUACGUGGCUGGGAAGAACUUGCUGUCACAUCUGGUGGCUGCCAAUAAACAGGAUGUGAAUACCUUCAAGGAGGCCUAUGACCGCGUCAUUCGUCUCCUGAGACGGUCAGACCAGCGGGAUGCUGUGAAGAAGGAGCUGCAUGAUGUUGGAGUUCAUCAGUUGAACUUCCUAGAUGUCUUCUUUGAAUUCAUCCUGGUUGGCCUCGUCCAGAACAACUUGCCUGAGGCUGUAUGCAACGGAGGGUUCUUGGAGCACCUGAACUCCCUCAUCAGCACUUGGGAUAUUCCAGGUGAUUGGGAGCCAGCUGCAGAUCAACAGUUCUGGCAGCUUCAUCGUUAUCUAAUGGACCUCCUUGAAGCCCUUGCCAACCUGCCUCUAGACACUUACCACAGCCCAGACCUGCUGGUCAAUAAGGUAUCUGCCCUCAUCGCUGAGUGCAUUCAGCUGAUGAGAGGCCUGGACACAAUCUGAGAGACCAUUUAGACUCUGUACCUCCCCUGACCCCUCCCCUCUGUUUAACCCCUUCCCUGUUUCAAAUAGUCUCUCUAAGGUAAGUAUGUAUAUGUUUUGUAAGUAUGUACAUGUUCUGUAUCUAUGCUGUAUGUCCCUUGAGCUUUUCAACAGGUUCGUCUGGAGUGCCUGACCCAUGAAGACACUGACCCUGUCCGAGUUCUCCUUUGAUUCUCUGUAAACGUGAAAGACUUCGGUUUAACUGUUUAUGCACAGCAUCAGGAUAUCAGGAACCUACAGCCCAGAGAUUGUUAACAUCAGGACUGCAGGAGCACAAGAACCAUCACGCUUGAAACUACAAGACCAUCACCAUCAGUAUAUCAGGAGCUUUCAGCUUGGAGACCGCUAACAUCAGGACUGCAGGAGCACAAGAGGACCAUCACACUAGGGACUAUAUGAUCAUCAGAAGCAGAAAAACUUUCUGCACUUUUGGACAUUAGCUUCUGGACAUUCUAUUGAUAAUUUGUUUUUUAAUAAGUGUAAUUUUCUUUUAUAUUUAAAUAAUAAAUGUUUUACUUAUCUUUUUAGAAUUUUCUUCAAUUCAAGUUCAGCUGUAUCAAAAGCAGAUCUAUUAUAUGCUGUUGAUUACCUCAGACAGUAAAUAAGUCAAUGUGGUGGAGCAUUUUGUAGGGUUAAAAGCUUUUGUAAAAGCUCUUACAGUACAUGCAAGUCCACAUGAAACAGUUUGCUGCACACAAUUUUCUUUCCCGUUGACAUUUUUGUUGUCAAAAAUAAAAAUAGGAAGUUGGGGCUCGAUUUAAUGAAGGGCUUGUCCUUUUUUUUUUUACGUAGUUUAUUUACUAAAUAGCCUGCCAAUUGCUAUUAGCUAUAGUCGGUUGCAGGUGUCAUUCAGUGGAUGGGAUAUUUUAAUUUCAGAGUGGGAUUUAUUGGACCUCAGCAUAAAAUGAGUUAUCAUUAUAUGUAUUUGGUCUGAUUUCCCAGAAGAGGAAGUCUGUAAAUUUACCUCUGCUAAUAGUUCAUCGCUAUUAUAUAGAUAAAAAAUUUGUUUUGUCAACUUUUAAGAGUACCCUUGCAUAUACUGUAAAUGGCCUCAAAGCUUGUAGAAAUGGACUAAAAGCCACUCUGUGGAU